GCCACCGGCAGCACCCAGCCACCCCCACACCAAAGCCAAGAACCAGCAUUAGACCAAAGCAUUGCAGCCCUCAGGAGCCUAAACUAGUCUGCGCAACAGGCAGAGAAGAGGCGGGCCUGAGGUGCACCAAUGUCUGCAAUGGCAGGGAAUUGUUUGUGAGCUACACCCAGAUACUUGUGGCACCUGACGAGGAAGGCCAAAGCCCUGUAGGGACACUGCCAAUCUGAAGGGGAGCACAGCAAGACCUGCAGCAGCAGAAAUACAGGGAUGCUUGGCAGCUGGCUGGGGCUGCAGAGGUGAAGGCUCAUCACUAAGAGUGGUGCAAAUGCAUGACGGGAUUGAAAGAAGGCUCUUAGCCACCAUGCUGAAGUCAAACAAGACAAUAGUGAUAGUGGCCCUGGGAAUUCAGUCAGUUGUUUUCAUCUGCUUCCUCGCUCAGCUUCACAGCAGCUAUUCCCCCCAGGAAAAGAAGCCAGCUCGGGUGCACAUCCUCAUUCUCUCCUCCUGGCGGUCAGGAUCUUCCUUCACUGGCCAGCUCCUCAGCCAGCACCCUGAUGUCUUCUACCUGAUGGAGCCUGCCUGGCACGUGUGGACAGCCAUGUACCAGAACAGGGCCAAAGCCUUACAGAUGGCAGCACGUGACCUCAUCAGGUCUGUCUUUCUGUGCGACAUGUCUGUGUUUGAUGCCUACAUGUCUACACAGAGGAAUAAAUCUGAUUUAUUUCAGUGGGAGGCCAGCCGGGCCCUGUGCUCCCCCCCUGCAUGUGACCAUUUCCAGCGCAACCACAUCAUUUCCAAAACCGCCUGCAAGACCCUUUGUGGCAAGUACCCAUUCAGCAAGGUGGAGGAAGCUUGCAAGACCUAUAGCCACACAGUCAUCAAGGAGGUCCGGUUCUUUGAUCUGACAGUUCUCUAUCCCCUUCUCACUGACCCCUCCCUGAAUCUCAAAAUCAUUCACUUGGUUCGUGACCCCAGGGCUGUGUUCCACUCUCGUGAGAAAACACUGGCUGCUCUGAUGCGCGACAGUAACAUUGUGGUGGGGCCCCAGAAUAACCAAGGGGAGAGGGGGCCCUACAAAGUGAUGCAGGAAAUCUGUAAAAGUCACAUCCGGAUUUACACUGAAGGCAGCCAGGCCCUUCCCAGCUUCCUCAAAGGCCGCUACAUGCUGGUGCGCUAUGAAGAUAUUGUCAGUGAUCCCCUGGCAAAGGCUGCACAGAUAUAUAGGUUUGCAGAGCUCCACUUCACACCCAAACUUCAGGUGUGGGUGUACAACAUCACUCAUGGGAAAGGCCUGGGGACGCAGGCCUUUGACACUGGCUCCAGAGAUGCAGUGAAUGUGUCUCAGGCCUGGAGGAAGAACCUGCCCUUCCAGAAAAUAGCACAGUUGCAAAACGUGUGCAAAGAUGCCAUGGACCUAUUGGGUUAUCAACUAGUGAUGUCUGAGGAAGAACAGAAGGAUAUGGCACUGAACCUGUUAUUUACCCAGAGCCUUCCACCCAGUGACACGGGGAACUGAAUGCAGAAAAUUUGCCUCAUGUUUGUCAGCUGAAGGCUGCAGAAUUCAGAACUGUGUGCACAAGUGAAAAUGUGUGUGUGUGUGGGUGUGCGCACGCACGCACAUGUGUACAGAGUGAUAAUAGCACCUGAAACAGAGCACAGUUGGAGGCAGUGAGAUCACUGCUAACUUUCUUCCCUGCCUAACUCUGCUCUGCAGUCUCCACACUAAAGACCCAGCAGCAAAGCAAACCUUGUUUUUUCUGUUUAGGUGGGACAGUAAAAGGAGAAAACGCAAUUGCGAGGGAACAGCACAUCCAAGUAACCGGACCCAAAAGAGUCAGAAAUCUCCCAGAAGACCAAUUUAAUUAAACACCAAUAAAACCACAAUUAGCAGGUGUAUUCCUGGAGACCAGGAGGCACAAUGAGUGUCAGACACUCAGGCCCCUACCUGUACAAAUUCCAUGUAAAUCCCAGAGUUUAUGCAUUUUUACCUAAGGAUUUAGUGGAUUAUCCAGCACCUGAAGUUUUUAAAUCAAGCUUAGUGUCUUUUUAGAAGAGAUGCUCUAGCUCAAUCAUAAAUUAUGGGUUUGUUGCAGGAAUCACUUGAUGAAAUUCUCUGUCCUGUAUUAUGCAGGAAGGCAGCCUGGAUGGCCACAAUGUUCCCUUCUGGCCUUAAACAUCUAGGAAUCUAUGCAAGUAUUAAGAGUCCUAGAACAGGUUUAAAACUCAGGUAACCAAAGUAUCCUUGGUACACUCAGUUAGUUUUCAUAUCACUGUCAAACUACAUGUAAUCAGGGGAUGGUCUUGCUAUCGUGGUGAAUUUGCCUGGCUUCUAUACUGCCCCAGGUAGAAUUGGAGGUGACAGGUUCUGAGUCGCCACUUCAACAAUAUUUACUGGAUGCCUGCUUGAGCUUGAGAACUCCUCUGCCUUGCUCCCAUCUGCCCUCGUAACCCCGAUAAAGCUGGGGCCAGGAUCACGGGGGGCUUAACCCCCAGUCUCAUUAUGGGUUGCUCAGGACCAGGGCUACGGUCUCCCCACUCUCUCUUCCCCAGCCACUUCCCUGCUCCAGUGAUCGUUGCACUGAGUUUAAACCAUGUACAAUUUAUUAACCAGCAACUGUAAACCAAUCAGGGAAAAAUGGAGAUGGUGAAAGGAUCCAGAAACCAACACAAUGAUCAACUACACUUUCUCCGGGGCUAGUCACAGCCUAUCCCUACACAUCCCAAGUCCUGGCUGCACUGCUGUGACACCAUGGGUCAGACACCUGCUCUGGGGUGAGGGGUGGGGGAUACACGCUCUCAGGCUCCAGGUGUCAGGACGCUUCUUCCCAGCAUCAGCCCUCCCAUUGGGGUCAUGGUCCCUACUCCCAGUCUAGCCUUCAAGGCCCUCUUGUCUGGCACCAUCUCCCUCCACUGAGCCUUCUGCCCAGGGCCCCCCUCACUUUCCCCUGCUGUUCACUGUGCUCAGCUCCAAUUUGCUUGUGGCAUGGCUGGCGUCCGUUAUCAUGGCUCUGGCCCCACCGCACUCUGCUGUAGCUCAGCCCUGGCUCCCCACUGGUGCACCUGGACAGCACUGCCAUAGCUCUGGCUCCUCUGGCUUUCAUCAUAGAAUCUCAGGGCUGGAAGGGACCUCAGGAGGUAUCUAGUCCAACCCCCUGCUCAAAGCAGGACCAACCCCAACUAAAUCAUCCCAGCCAGGGCUUUGUCAAGCCGGGCCUUAAAA